GCUUUUGUGCACACGUCCGCUGCUAGAUAGAAGCUGCACCGCGCUUCUCUGGUUCGGACGAGCAAUCCUUUCGAUCGAGCGAGCGAGCACCGAGCAGGAGACGGACGAUGCUUGCGGAGCCGCUGCGUUCGGCCAUGACGGUCGGGAAAGUGGAUGACACCUCGCUGGCGGUGCCGUCUGACGCCAGGCUGCACACGGGAGCGCACCGGGUGCUGGAUCAAGUGCAGACCAUCAAGAGGAGCAAGUCCAAACACGGAAAGAACGGCGCUCCUACAAGCCCUACUUUGCCACCAUUGUCACCACUGGACGAGUUUGGAACCUUCCAGUUUUUGCCCAGCAAAGCCAAUGGCACUUUCGGUCGUAGUCUCUCCACCAAGACGACAGCGUUCAACAAAGCGCAAUAUGCCCUUAAGAGUCGAAGUCUGUCCACAAAAAGCUUGGGAGCAAGACACCACAGCACGUCUGGCGGAUGGGAACAACAAGUCAAUGCUGCCAACUGGCCUCAAAGUCCCGCCGGGAUGAAACCCAGCCGCAGCGAUCCCGCCUUGGCUCCUGCAAACAACAGGCGAGUCAAAGGGCAGAGCACCCAAGUGAAGAGACUCAGCACUUACUCCACCAGCAACGGCUUCCACACGGGUAUGGGCCAACAACGAUAUUUGGAAGCGCCUCCCGAUCAGUCGCACGGCAUCAAAACGUCCAAGAUUGAACAGAAAUCAGGCCUCAAUGGUUCGUCGGAUUUGACCAUCAAGGAAGCUGUGGAGUUCUUGUCUCACCCCGAGGAGAAUUUCCAGCAGUGCGGCGCCACCAUCAUUCAGCAAACCACUUUUAAAGACGAUCGUGCCAAACAAGAGGUUCUCCAGCUUGGGGGGAUCCCCACUCUGGUGUCUCUGCUGCGCAGCCCAAAUCCUGCUGUGAGCCUGGCCGCCGCCGGGGCCUUGAGGAACCUGGUCUUCAAGGACCACAAGAAUAAGCAGCAGGUUCAAAAAUGCGGCGGUAUCGCCAAAGCCCUGCAGUUACUCAAGGAGACGGAAUGUAGCGAGACGCAGAAGCAGAUCACAGGCCUGCUUUGGAACUUGUCUUCUGCCGACGAGCUGAAGGGGGAACUCAUAGCCACGGCGCUGCCCGCCUUGACCGAGAACGUGGUGGUGCCGUUCACACGCUGGUCGGACGACAGCGCCUCCAACAACAUCCACCCUGAAGUUUUCUACAAUACCACGGGGUGCCUGCGCAACCUGAGCUGCGCUAAGCUGCGGGAGAGGACGGCCAUGAGAGACUGCCGCGGACUUAUCGAUUCGCUCAUGUGCUACCUUCAGUCCUGUGUGGCUGACAGCAACCCUGACGACAAGUCUGUGGAGAACUGUGCAUGCAUCCUCCAUAAUUUGACCUACCAGCUGGAAAGCGAGUCCCCCAAGUGCUUUGCGGACUUCAUCCCUUCAACGGAGAGCCAAUCCGGCAGGAAAAGCCCGACGGUCGGAUGCUUCAGCCCAAAGAGCGGCAAGGUUCAAAAGGAGUUUUCGUUCGAAAACGUUCGAGGAAUGCUGGAUGACGUUCAGCCGAAAGGUGCCAAGUGGUUGUGCCAUCCCAAAGCUAUGCAGACCUACUUGUCUCUGCUCAGCUCGUCAAAGAAAGACGCCACCUUGGAGGCCUGCUGUGGUGCGCUGCAGAACUUGACUGCCAGCAAACAUCUUGGGUCAGGUGCCAUGAGUCAGAUCCUGGUCGGGAAGUUGGGGGCUCUGAUGCAUAUUGUCCCUCUGUUGAGGUCACCUAAACCCAGCCUGCAGAAGGCCGCUGUGUCCCUGCUGGGGAACAUAGGUCGAACCGGCGUCUUGCAGACCACCAUGGCAAAGCAGGUUUUGCCGGAGCUCACCGGGCUUCUCUCUGCUGGCCCCCAAGAGCUGGGCAACAAUGACGAAAGCUUGGCGACGGUUUGCAACACUGUCCGUAAUCUGAUGAUGGUGGACACGGAGGUCAACAAGAAGUUUAUCGACGCUGAUUUGGUGUCAUCGGUGGCCGAGCUCAGUAGGAAUGGGUCUUUACCCAAAGCCAGCAAAGCAGCCUCUGUGCUCCUCUAUCACUUUUGGAAUGACAAGAACUUACAAAACAUUUUGAAAAAGCUAGGAAUGAGCAAGUCAUUAUUCAUCAACGACAACACCACGGCGGCGUACAGGUCCGUGCAGAUUAUCGAGUGAUGGAAACUGGGGAGCGACGCCACGUUUGCCCAUAGCUAUACUUUUGGAAUGCUUAUGUGUCAGCAAUAGGUUUGAAAGCUUUUUUUCUUUUUGUCUCCACCUCUUUUCAAUGCAUGUUUUUGUGUGCUUCUAGAUGGAAAUCAGCAUGUUAAAACAAUGUUGAGGCCACACCCUUGUGACACGUAGGGUAAAAUUAGCGACUUUGCAAUCGGCGUGUCGAAAGAGCCUUAGCGACUAUGAAUCGCAUCUUUGCUGAGCGUAUUAUGUUUGGAAAAAAAAAAAAAAGAAGCUUUGAACGUCAUUAUUAAUUUUGCGGUGUUGUCUGUAUUUAAUUUGGAUCGGUUUGCAUCUGUGCAUAUGAAUAGGCAAGUGUGUUUUUCGCUUGGUUAACUUGAGUGUGAUGUGGAGAGAAAAUGCUAAAAUAUAUCACUUCCAAUCACAUCUUUCUCGCGCCCUUGAGGACGAUGAAAUAUAUAUAUAUAUGAAUAUAUGUCUUGUUAAUUUAAUCUCUUUCUCAACAACCAUAUUUAACUUUGCUAAACGUGGAGUUACGGGGAAAUUGUUUUCGCUUACCAAAAUGAUCUUACAGGAGAAACUUAGCUCAUAUAAAGCAGUUAGCGUAGCCUAGCUUAGUUUCAGUUCGCCUUUAAAUCAGGAGGAGACACUCUGAUCACCUCCAAAUGAGCACUAUUUUAACACAUUCUUAAUCAUUGGUACAUUCUGAAAGAUUAAAAUAGUACAAACUAUGUUAUACUGUGGAAACGUUACACGGUUACAGUGCGUAUUUUAACUCGCUACUUAAACUCACCGCGACAGUAUAUUUACCAAUGUGUACAAUUAACUUUGAAUGUUCCUUCUCUGUUCAUGUCACAAACAGGCAAUUUAAUUGAUUUGUAUUUCAUGUUACACGUUGCUUUUUUUAACAUUAUUGUCUGUGUUCUGAAUAAAAUGAGGAACUCAAAAAUCUAAA